AUGUUUGGCCUCCUUAUUGCUGGCCGUCCGAUAGACGCGGCACCCCAAGUCAUCUCUCAGACUCAAUACGCCUUUCAGGUGCCGUCGCGACCAGCCUUCAACCAUAUCGCCGUCUUUUCCCUGCCAGGUCAGGAGCUGCCGCCCGAUGCCGCUGCCGCCAUAUUCAUCCAAAUCCAACCAUCGACCGAGUUCAAACUAGUUGGCGCGCUGUCGUCGCUGAGGCCGUCGACCAUGUUCAAAAUCAACACGGGCAAUAAUGUUGCGCCGGGCGCUGGAGAGGACGAUCUCAUGUUGGAUGAGACCCCCGAGGGUGUCGAGGUGGGAGGUCCAGCCGUCGUCGUCGGCAUAGAGAUACAACCUGCCGCACAAGUCAAGGCUCUGCUGGCGGAGCAAAAGGCAAACUCGUCGACACAGCUGGUGCGGUCGAAUCAGUCAGCUACGGCCUCUCCAGUCACAACAAAGGUUCUCGCCCAGCGCAUCAUCGCCAACGCUUUCAAUUUCCUUGCGUCAUUUGGUAGCGAUACUGUCCCGCUCAAGGCCUUUGAGGCAUGGUGGUCGAAGUUUGAAAGCAAGGUCAACAACGAUCCCAGUUUCCUUGAGCGCCCGCAAGACUGA